UCCUCCUCCAACCUUCAUAACCCAGAGUCACACAGCUCCAGUCUGUCUGGAUCACACUGCCGAGACUGAGAAAGCCCAGAAGACCUCAGAGAUGACGACAAGCUGUAUGAGGUCAACCUUGGAAGCUGAACAUCGACUGAUGACACAAGAGAGCAAACACUACCAGGAGGGCCCGGAGAGCUCGGUGGUGGACGGGGAUCCGGUGAUGAAGGGUGACGAAGACAAGGAAGAGGUUCUCUGUGCGGAGAAUCAGAAGGAGCAGCAGCAGAAGAAACCUCGCAGGAAAGACACACCUGUCCUCAACUCCCCUCCGCAUAUACCAGGAGCAAGACUGCGUAAGUUGGAGGCGCAGAUGGUCCACUUGGAGGAUGCGGAAAAGGAUGCGACGAAUUAAAAUGUUCUUUUGUUUCAUGUUCACUGUUUCAUUAAAUGUUGCUUUGAUCAAAAAAAAUUGGAUUCC